UUCCUACAUAGUGGAGAAAUAGUAUUUCUACUCAACCCCACUUUUAUAUCUUCUUGAUGAAAGAGCACAUGGCUGCGUUUCUUGUAUUUCUUGGCUGCCUGUUCAAGAUCAUCCACUUUACCCUCUAAACCCUUUGAACUCUCCGGGUUUAAGAUUGUUGCUAUAUCUUUAUGGCUUAUAUUCCACCACACAAGCGACACUCAAAGGAUUCGAACCGUCCAUCUCCAACUGCAGAGCUGCUUGCUCCACAUUUCAAGAGAGAUUUGAACUUGAGAUCAUCUCAGCAUAAUGUAGACAGGGUUGGGAAACUUAUCUUUGCAGACCAAUGCGUAUACAGAUGGUUCGUUGUUGAUUUGGAUGAUAAUCACCAAUUUCCUUCAUUUGUCCACCUUGAGCCGAUUUCAGAACCCAUUCAGCGGACUAUAGGAGAAAAGUCCUUAGUUUUAGUGAACAAUCAUGCAGAUAAAGGUAAUGAUGAAGUGGGAGGGAAUAUAUCAAGACGACCUUGGGAAUUUGUUGCUAAAAAUGCAUGGCCAGAUUUAUUGACUUCUUUUAACAAUCUGAGGAACAAAAUGGAGUGCAGAGAGCUGGAGAAAGUAAAGCCAGUAUUAGUCGCUAGAUUUGGCAAAAUUCUUUUUCAUGGGAACUAUUCUGUGAACAUAGAAAAGGUCAAAAAAGAUCCAAUAGCUGAAACCACUCUGAAACAAUUGCGGAGACAAUUUUAUACAAAUGUUCCUACGUCUUAUAUGGAAAACAUUAUAAGUGAAGUUGUGCCAAAAGUAGGAGUUGAUUUUGAAGCAGAUAAGGAUGUAUACUAUAUCUGGGUGAUUGACAAUGCAUGACGAAAGACAAUUUUAUGCAAAUGUAGAGUAAAAGAAGAUAAAAUGCUUGAGCUCUAUAAGAUUGAACUAAACCAUACUCGUCAAACGGUCAUAGACAUAUCAUGCGUGGAUAAGAAUUUAGACCUGAGGCUGAUGCUAUGGACCAAGAGUGUUGUCACUGACUUAACUGAUGAAGAAAUGCAGAGCCUUAGAAAUCUGAUUAGUUCAGCCGUUUUAGAUCCAGGAGUGAAGGGUGGUUUGAGAUGGCCCCUAGGUAAGUCAAACUCAGGGGUUCGGUAUCGUGUUAGUGGGGUUUGGCACACAGAAGUUAAGUUGUAUGAAAGCUCAUCACUGAGGCUCAAGGUAAGACAUGCUGAUCGAUUUAGUUUUAAGUCUUCUACUGGGGAGUCUGCAUUGGAGAUUACUCUGAAGUUGAAGCGAUUAGCUUCAGACAUACUGGUAAUUGUCAUUUAUUGCAUUCAACUUUUUCACUUGACCUUCUCUUUUCAUGUGGGACUUAAUAAAUGUUGAAAUUAUUGCUAUUCAGAAAUUUAUCAUUGAAGUGCUUGUUUUCCAGAUCU